AGGGCAUGAGGAUUUGCCUCCAGAGAAUUGGUAGGACUGUGUGCAUACCCUGGACCUACGACCAUACAGAUACUCCUUGGGACCCUAGCACAAGAAAUCCUAAAAUCAGGACUUUGGCCCUUGCUCAUAGAUCCCUGUGUCACCAACAGAAGGCUGCAGAACAAGGAUUCUCUCAAGGUUUCUGGGGCAACAGGCCAGGUGGCCAAUCAACUCCAAGGCCCAGGGUUAUUGUUGGAGGUGUAAAUGUUACUAUGACUACUGAAACCUUGGUUACUGAACUAAACAGAAAGAAGAGCCUGUCAGUCUCCUCAGACUGUAUCAAGCAAAUCUAUAGACACGUCUGUGAAAAAGAUGACAAAAGUAGAAGAGAGUUUUCAAAAGGCCAUGGGACUUCAGAAGACGGUUGACAGGUGGCGAAAUUCACAUACUCACUGUCUGUGGCAAAUGACAUUGGGCCAGAGAAGAAACCCAUAUGCCACCCUAAGGAUGCAGGACACCAUGGUACAGGAAUUGGCACUGGCCAAAAAGCAACUACUAAUGGUCCGUCAAGCUGCCCUGCACCAGUUGUUUGAAAAGGAGCAUCAGCAAUACCAGCAGGAACUAAAUCAGAUGGGCAAAGCUUUUUAUGUAGAGAGAUUCUGAUGGCAUCCAAAACACUGCUCUUCCAUUCUCAACAUGCCUGCUAACCUAGCCUUCUAGAACCUCUACCACCUUGAACCUCCUUCCCAAAACAUAUCUGGAUCUUGCUAUCUGCCAGGGACUUAAGACAGCACUUCCACUCUCACUUCUCCACUCUCUCGUUAAUCCUUUGCCGCUAUUUGGGAAACAAUCUAUGAAACAACAGUAACAACAAGAGUGACGCCUUGUGGUCAUAGUGGGAUUUACUAUGUUGAUGUAAGGGGGCAGGGGUGGGGAGGAGUGGACAAUGAGAGUUGAGAAUCCUGAUUUGGUAUAACAAAUAAAUUUACUUCCUAAAGGCUCAAA